AUGACUCUAGCAGCGUGUGCAAAAGACGUGAAGUUCUACAGAUGGCCCAACAUCUGCUACACAGGCGUAUACGAGACUCCAGUGGACUGCAUGGCAAUCAAGACCAUAUCCUGGUCUUGCAACGGCAAGAAACUCCUUGUGGUGAAGAGCAAAGGUAGCCCGGUGAUCAUAUGCCCCCCUUCCAAACCGGAACAGUACAUAGAACCGUUCGACUGCAUCCACACCAACAACGCUUCUGUAGCUACGUUUUCCAACACCAAUCCCAACCUCCUCGCUCUCGGCACGGAAAACGGAAGCGUGUACUUGUUCAAUCUGAAAAGCAAGCAGAAACUGCCGCAGGAGUUCAAGAAGUUGCCUGGCAACAUCCAGAACCUGGAGUUUUCCUCUGACGACCAGUGUAUAGCCGCUGGUUGCCUCAACGGGCAGAUAUUUUUGUACGACUCGAAGUUUAAGCUCAACUCCAGCUUCGUGGUGCCGAAUAGUCCAACGCUGUCGACGAUGGCUUACAGUAAAUUCACGCCCAACUUGCUAGCGGGUGCCAGCAAGGAAGGGGUGCUAUGCCUGUGGGAUACUGAGGCGACCGACAUCAUCUUGUCCAGCAAGAACCACGAGAAUAGGAUAACCGACGUCACUUUCUUCGAAACGAUCUUAUCCACUGUAGGGAUAGACGGUAACUUCAUCACUUACGACCUAAGGACUUGCGAUUGCACCGCCCGUUACGAGCUAGACUGUCCCCUUUCAAGCCUGGCCUACCUACCAGGGUCUAUGGAGAUGGCAGUGAGCACCAUGUCGGGACAACUGCGCAGCUACGACCAGAGGAACAUGAAGAGUCCUCUGCGCACCCACGUGGCUUACAUCAGCGGCGGCAUCAAGAAGAUAGCCUUCCCAAACGUCAACGAAGCUCUGAUAGCGCCUACGCACGCGUACCAGAAGAAGUACACCAAGUGCUACGAAGACAACUUCUCCGCUUCUGGCGAUUUCAGCAUCUUCACCGAUUCCAGCGUCUUCGACAGUCCCAAACUGGUAAGCGUGCCCGACGAAUGCGAGGAGGAGUGCGUCGGUGCCUCUGCCGUGGAAGUGUUCUCUCCUGCGAGGAAACCUGACAAUGUGGAGCUGGAGGAGCUGGCCAAAGCUUUAGAAGAUAGAGUCAAGAGUACGGUUAAGGAUUUCGAGGAAAAAUUGCUGCAGACUUUCUACGGUUUAAGGAUAAACACUAGCAAGCAAUUUAUCGGAUUGGAGGAGAAGAUUUCGCAGAGUUGGAACAGCUUCGUCGACUAUUUGAGGUUCUCUGGUGCGACCUCUGGGACGGCCAGUGCGGAAAAGACUAGUCAAGAAGAGUUGACUCAGCCGGAACACUUCAGCAGUGUCGCGGAUUGCAUGUAG